CGACUGGUCUAAAACAGAGGCAAAGUCAACUGUUUUCUUGACAUCUCAUUGUCUGUAUAAUUCAUUUUCUUCUUGCUUUCUGCCAGUUCUUUGGCAAAGAUCAACAGCAUGGCUCUGGCUUUGAUUGGAGAAUCACUUCUCUCUGCUGUUAUUGAGGUUUUGGUCGAGAAGUUGGCCCAUCCUGAGGUUCUGGGAUUCUUCAAAACGCAAAAACUCAAUGAUGAUCUUCUGGAAAAGUUGAAAGAAACACUGAAUACUGUCAACGGACUGCUAGACGACGCGGAGGAGAAGCAGAUUACAAAGGCUGCUGUGAAGAACUGGCUUAAUGAUGUUAAACAUGCUGUCUAUGAAGCUGAGGACUUGCUGGAGGAGAUUGAUUAUGAACAUCUACGAUCCAAGGACAAAGCUGCCUCUCAAAUUGUCAGGACUCAGGUCGGGCAGUUCCUUCCAUUUCUUAAUCCAACUAACGGAAGGAUGAAAAGGAUCGAAGCAAAGUUAGGAAGGAUUUUUGAGAAGCUUGAACGUUUAAUCAAGCAACAAUGUGAUCUUCGCUGGAUAAAAGGUGCUGUUGGAGGUGGACCUUUGUCAGAGAAGACAACUCCUCUAGUUAAUGAAUCUUAUGUCUAUGGUAGGGAUGCUGACAGGGAAGCCAUAAUGGAAUUGUUGAGACGGAAUGAAGAAAAUGGCCAGGAUGUAGUUGUGAUUCCUAUAGUGGGAAUGGGAGGGAUUGGGAAAACCACUCUAGCUCAGCUUGUCUACAAUGACAGCAGGGUAGAAGAUUUGUUUGAACUCAAGGCUUGGGUUUGGGUUUCUGAGAUUUUCGAUGUAACAAGAGUGAUGGAUGAUAUUCUUAAGAAGGUCAAUGCAAGUGCUUGUGGCAUCAAAGAUCCUGAUGAAUCUCUAAAGGAGGAAUUGGAGGGGAAAGUGGUUUUGCUUGUUCUAGAUGAUGUGUGGAAUAUUGAGUACGGGGAAUGGGACAAAUUACGGCAACCUUUGCGGUAUGCAGGGCAAGGAAGUAAGAUUGUGGUAACAACACGGAAUGAAGGUGUGGCGAAAGUCAUGCAAACUGUUAACCCCUGUUACUCGUUGAAAGGAAUAGGCGAUGAAGAUUGCUGGCAGUUGUUUGCAAGGCAUGCAUUUAGCGGUGUAAAUUCUGGUGCACUCCCACACUUGGAAGCAUUUGGCAGAGAAAUAGUGAGAAAGUGCAAAGGACUACCUCUGGCUGCGAAAACUCUCGGUGGUCUUUUGCACUCUGAAGGAGAUGCCAAGGAAUGGGAGAGGAUAUCGAAUAGCAACAUGUGGGGUUUGUCAAAUGAAAACAUCCCUCCGGCUCUAAGAUUGAGUUAUUAUUAUCUCCCAUCACACCUAAAACGUUGUUUUGCUUACUGUGCAAUAUUUCCUAAGGGUUAUACAUUUAUGAAGAAUGAAUUGAUCACCUUAUGGAUGGCAGAGGGAUUUUUAGUCCAGUCUAGAGGCGAUGUGGAGAUUGAAAGAAUAGGUGAGAAGUACUUUAAUGAUCUUGUCUCAAGGUCAUUUUUCCAGAAAUCAAGCGAUGAUCCGUCAAGCUUCAUCAUGCAUGAACUCAUAGUUGAUUUAGCCGAAUACGUAUCAGGAGAAUUUUGCUUGAAGUUUAUGGGAGAUGGAGAAUCAGGCUCUAGGUUGAAGGGUGGAAAUCCAUGCAGGCUUCCUGAAAGGACUCGUUAUUUAUCUCUCACUUCAAGAUAUGAUCAGGUAUCCAAGAUAUUUGAGCACAUUCAUGAAGUCCAACAUCUGCGCAACUUCUUGUUAGUAGCACCUGGGUGGAAAGCUGAUGGCAAGGUAUUGCAUGACAUGUUGAGAAUUCUCAAGCGCUUGCGAGUACUAUCAUUUGUUGGGUCUGGUUAUAUACAUCAGUUUCAGCUACCCAAUUCCAUCGGCAACUUGAAACAUCUGCGAUAUCUAGACCUUUCAGGUAAAUCAAUAGAAAGCCUGCCUGAAAAUAUGAGUAAACUGUACAAUUUGCAAACAUUAAUCUUGAAGCAGUGUUACUAUCUCAUCAAGUUGCCAACCAACAUGUCCAAACUGGUGAACUUACAACAUCUCGAUAUCGAAGGGACAAAACUGAAAGAGAUGCCACCCAAACUGGGAAAACUCACAAAGCUUCGAAAGUUGACAGAUUUCUUUUUGGGAAAACAGAAUGGGUCCUGCAUUAAAGAGUUGGGGAGGCUCUUACAUCUUCAAGAGAAGCUUUCUAUUUGGAAUCUCCAAAAUGUUGAGGAUGUUCAAGAUGCUUUGGAUGCCAAUUUGAAGGGUAAGAAGCAGAUUGAGAGGUUGAGGUUGGCAUGGGAUGGAGAUGUGGAUGGCAGAGACGUACUUGAGAAAUUGGAGCCUCCUGAAAAUGUGAAAGAGCUUGUCAUUACUGCUUAUGGGGGUACAAAGUUUCCAGGUUGGGUUGGAAACUCUUCUUUCUCAAAUAUGGUGUCUUUGGUUCUUGAUGGAUGCAAGAACUCCACCUCCUUACCACCACUUGGGCAGUUGCCAAAUCUUGAAGAGCUCCAAAUUAAAGGAUUUGAUGAAGUUGUGGCUGUUGGUUCUGAGUUCUAUGGAAUUGGCCCUUUCAUGGAGACGCCGUUUAAAUCCCUUAAAAGUUUAACAUUACUGGGGAUGCGAAAAUGGAAGGAAUGGAAUACAGAUGCAGCCGGUGCUUUCCCUCACCUUGAAGAGCUUUGGAUAGAAAAAUGUCCGGAGUUAACAAAUGCCUUGCCUUGCCACCUUCCUUCUCUAUUGAAACUUGACAUUGAAGAAUGUCCACAGCUUGUGGUUUCAAUUCCAGAGGCUCCCAAGCUCACCAGAAUCCAGGUCAAUGACGGUGAGGGUUCUAAUGAUCGUAUAUAUAUAGAGGAAUUAUCUAGUUCUAGGCGGUGUCUUACCUUUAGAGAAGAUUCUCAACUUAAGGGAUUGGAGCAAAUGAGUUAUCUUUCCUCUUCUAUAAUCAUAGACGUUGGCAUCUUCGAUUGCAGUUCGCUCAAGUUUUGUCAGCUAGACCUUUACCCCCGUUAUCCACCUUUACAAUCCAAUAUUGUCAAAAUCUUGAGUCACUUUGCAUACAAAAGGGACAGCGGGCUCUACGUCAUUUGAAAAUUGCAGAAUGU